GUUCCCCACUCCACUCCACCACAAUGGCGUCGCCGGCGGCUCCGCCCUGCAGCCCCGACGCCUCGCCGGCCAUGGAGGCGCAGGCGGCCCUCCCGGACCACCUGACGGAGGACAUCCUCCUCCGCCUCACCACGGCCGCCGACCUCGCCCGCGCCUCCAUGGCCGGGCCCUCCCUCCGCCGCAUCAUCGCCGUCCACUCCUUCCUCCGUCGCUUCCGCGCCCUCCACCCGCCGCCCCUCCUGGGCGUACUCUCCGACCCCUUCCUCCCAGCCCAGCCGCCCCACCCCUCCGCCGCCGCCGCCCGAACCCUCGCCGGCACCGACUUCUCCUGCUCCUUCCUCCCCUCCCGCGAGCAGCCCUGGAUUCUCCACGACUUCCGUGACGGCCGCGCCCUCCUCUGCACCGCCACCGACCACCACUGCCUGGCGAGGGACGUCGCCGUGUGCGACCCGCUGCGCCGGCGCUACCUCCUGCUACCCCCCGUCCCCCGCCUGCCCGAUCUGGUCUUUUGCCUGGAUCCUUUCCUUGCUCCCGCCGGCGGGGACGAGGGCGCUGAUGACACUGCUGCGGGCGCUCCCUCAAGAUUCAAAGUCAUGUGCUUGGCCCAGUACCAGGCCCGCUUGGUCCUCUACGUCCACUCUUCGUCAGGUCCCCAUGCCGGACAAUGGCGCGCCGUCGCAUUUGAUGGCUGGACCGCUCUCCUCGCAGGAGUCAGUGUCCAUGUGCUAUCCGCUGUUACGGUCGGAAAGCGCUACUACGCGCACGGGUGCUUCUGUUGGGCGGUAUGUGCGAUGGACAAGUUGCUCAUGCUCGACACGGCCACCACGGAGUUCUCAACCGUCGACCUUCCGUCUGAUCUCAUGAAUCACGAGCUGGCCUUUGUGGAAGCAAGCCAAGGGAGGCUUGGGAUGUUCGCUCUCAGCCAAACUCCCACACACCGCGUGCCUCGCCUCCGGUAUUCCAUUUUGGUUAGCACUGGGGACGACGACCCAGGGCAGUGGCAAAAGAAAAAGGUGGUCAAAUUGUCCCAUGAUCACCGCUAUCGGAUCAUUGGUGUAGCUGGGGGGUACCUGCUCCUGUAUGUGGUUACAGAUGACCCGGAACCGUACCAUCCGGAUAAAGUGCCGGACCCGGGCUGCUGCUUUUCACUGAAUCUUCACACUAUGGAUCUUGAGCGCUUCUCUCGGAAUAGUGACAUAAUGCCAUUGCAGGACCAACUGUAUUCGGGCUUCCCGCCAUACUUGUCUCCACCAACCAUUUGAAACGGGCUUAAUCUGCUGGGUAGAGGACCAAUUGACUCCAUUUGGAUUGUUGGUGACUUGAUCCAUCUGAUAUCAUAUAAGGCAGUGCCAAGCCCGGUAAUUGACGGAGUGCCUACCAGCAGCAGCAGCAGCAGCAGCCGUGAUUAAGUUGCUUGGUUCCUCUUGAUUUGGUGGACUGGAUGGAACCAUGUGUGUAUAUAUGUAUGCACAUUGUGUUAACUUGUAUGUCUCAUUUCAUCUUGACGCUCGGUAAUGCACUACAUUGUACUCAUGGACCACAUCAGGGAGAAGAAAUCUUCAUUCUUUCUCCUUUUUGCGGGCAAGGAGGCCUCUUCCUUCGCCUGCGCCUAUUGCUAUUGAUAAGAAUGCGAAGUUUAUAGACUGGACCA